AUGGAUUAUGUUGAGAUAUCCGUUUUUUGUAUCCAAUCCCACACCCAUCGCAAUGAGCAAUUACAACCAGCAGCCACCGUCCGUCGGAGUUCCUCCACCGCAAGGUUAUCCGCCGGAGGGCUACGGAAAGGACGCAUAUCCGCCGCAGGGAUACCCGCCACAGGGAUACCCACCGCCGGGAUACCCACCGCCGGGAUACCCGCCUCCGGGAUAUCCGCCACAGGGAGGGUAUCCUCCGCCGCCGUACCCGGCGCAGGGGUAUCCUCCGAUGUACGCACCUCAAUACGGUCAGCCUCCUCCCCCUCCACAACAACAAAACUCACAGGGCCCUGGUUGCUUGGAAGGCUGUUUGGCUGCUCUCUGCUGCUGCUGCUUAAUGGAUGCCUGCUUCUGAGAUCCAUCCAUCGAUCCUUUGGUUUUCUUUUUCUUUUUCUUUUCCCAUUUAAUAACUUUCAAACCUCAUUCUGCUUCAUUCACAUCCCUUCCUUGUUUAACAAUUUUUAAUACAUUCAUGCUACUCCGUUAAUCCUUUUCCAACACACGCGCAACUCCCAACCCCAUGCACUAAAUAAUGCUCUUCAUUACUCUUUAACUUUAAUUUGCCAUAGCUUAUGUAAUUCAUCAUUUUGUCUAAAGUGAGUACAAUCACAACAUUUUAUUUUA